CCUAGCUGUGAAAGGAAAAAUUCUAUUUAAUAGUAUGGUUUUAGUGGUGAAUAAGGGGAAGUAUGGGGUUCUAAGAGAAGUGGUAGGAUGGGGACAAAGUAGUUAAGGUAAGAGGAGGUAUGCAGAAACACCAUGGUGAUGAGAUAAGGAUGGGAAUGUGGAAUUAAGAAGGCUUUUAUAAAAUUAGUUGGGAGACCAAAGUUGGAGGAUAGAACUUUCUGGACUAUCUUUUGUUCAGUAUAGACAGUAAUCUUUGGGUGGUAAAUGUGUGAGCAUGGACUAGGGAUUAGGGAGAGAAUAUUGGACACCUGAGUUCUACAAGUUAGCAAAAGGUGUUGGUGUCCUUAGCAUGUAGAGUCCUGGAGAAGAAAUAGAGAACUUGCACUCAUGCCCUUGGUUCUGUCCCUCAGACAAGUUCCGUGUCAGUUGGAAGAUGCAAUGGAGGGUCCUCAGCUAGCUGGAGUAGAGCCAAAGACACCCAAGGUCUUGACUUUCUACAAUCCUCCCACUGAAAAGAUUAAAGGAGAUCACUCAUACCAGAGGCCAAUCCUACCAACGCAAACACAAAAGUUUGCUAUGUUGUCAGUGUUGGAGCAGGAGAAUUUACUGAAUCAGACCCACAUUUAUAUACGCACAUUCUGUGCUGGAUUGUCUGGUUUCAAUUUCAUCCUGCUCCUCUGCAUCUCCCCAAUGCCCUGGGUGCAGUUCUUGUUGGCAGAGGAUGGCAGUGAGCACCAGGCGGGACUCUGGACCCUGUGUAAACAUGAACGCUGCUGGAGCCACGUACCCAAUCGACCCUACUACCUCCAGAUCUCCAGGAGCUUCUUUCUCCUCUUUGCCCUCAUUGCCUUCAUUGGCGGCGUCUGGGUCAUCAACUCCUGCCGGUCCAGGAAAGAGCUCCCUGCUCAGCUGGAUCUGAGACUAGCCACCCUCUCUUUGACUUCAGGAGUCAGCCUGUUCAUAUGCCUUGUGCUUUUUCUGAUGCAAGUCAAAAAGUACACUAGCCCCACCAUGGGGUCAUCCUUCCUGUGGGCCUUCCACUUCAACUGGUGGGGUAGCUUCUUCUUCAUGGUAUCUGGGCUUAUCUUCUACUUCAACUACAAAACUUUUGGUCGAUUGCCCCUUGAUGAUGAUGAUAAUUUAAGUGAAAUUCCCUUAGCAAAGAGAAGAUUGGGGAUUAAUCCAAGGAUGUGGUCAACACCAGCAACAGAAGGAGAGCCAGAAUCAGAGAUGGUUAUAGAUCCAGCACUGGAUUCAGAAACCAUAUACUAGAUUAUUAGAAUGGAGAUAGACCCAAAGUCAAUAGGAAUGAAUAGGGAUGGGGAAAAUACAAUUCUAGUUUGCCUUAGGGAUAGAGCUUACCAGUGGACGAAAGGGGCCAAAAAAAUGAAGGAUACUCCAUUUCUUUCAUAACUGCUUGUAUUAGGAGUAAUUCAAGUCACAUAAGAAGAAUUCUUGUGAUUCUGCCCCAGAUUAGACUAUAGCUCACUGAAAAAAAAUAACAUUAAUAUUUAUUAUUUAUGAAAUAGCAUUAUCUCUAAGAAAAGUCUUCAUGAUCUCAGACGGGAGAGGCUAGCAACAGAACAGAGAGAGGACCACCAACUUUCUAGAUGUGCUCAUGAUUAUAAUAUAGGUUAGAUGGAGAGGAAGAGAAUGAAUGGCUGGCUGAGGAUACUCUAUUCUUUUUUCUUGUUUGUCCUCGGAGACUCAGCUCAUUUUAGGGAGUCAGGAAAGUAUGGUCCUCAAGCCCUAGUCAAGUUAAAGUCAGUUCUCAUCUUCCUUUAUGAUUUUUUAAAAUCUAAUUUUUAUAAUUCUUAAAUACCAAAAAGCAAAACAAAAAUAAAACUGCAUGCAUUUUUGUUUUCUAGAACUUAAAAAAAAAGUGUGAAAUACUGAAUCUUCUAUGUGACUUUGGAUGAAACACUUAGCCUCUCUGGUCUUUAGAUUCUUCAUAGAAGAUAGGGAUGUUCCCUACCCCUCAUUCAAUUAAAUAAUCUUUUAAUUAAGGGCCUAUUAUGUGAGGUUGGGGGGGGGGAAGGAUACUGGCUAUAAAAGGCUUAGAUUUCCUGCUGGUUGUAUUAUAAGAAGUCCUCCUGCAUUAUGGAUUUGUGGUUUUAUGGUUUGUGACUACCAGUGCCUUAACUGCUGGUUCUGCAUUAUUAACCUUGCAUGGAGCCUUCACCCUGUAGGUAUUUGCUAGGAGUUACACUCCAGGCACCUGUUUAUCCUCUGCCAACUUUGACCCCAUCUUUGCCUGCUGAGCAGUCCUACUCACAUAUGUGCCCUGGCAGAAACACACCUCACAGCCACCUAAAGAUGUUCAUGGAAACUGGCAUACAACAAUUUAAUUGACCCUCAAGCACUGUUUGCCCAUGUUUUCCCACCCCUGAACACAUUCCCCUACAUGUCUCUUCCCCAGGCUCCCCCUUCCUUGGGCCACCUUCUUUUCCUCUGCCUGUGUGUGUUCACACAUGCAUGUGUAGCACAGCCAUCCCUGUUAGUUUGCCUCUGAUCUGGUGAGUAGGCAUGAUGUCUGGUGGGUUCCUGAGAGCCAGGAGGUAUCAUGGCACUUACUCCACAGAACAAGUGGUACGGCUCCCAGGCAGGCACUUGUGGCACUGGGGCUUUGUUGGCCAGAGAACCUGGAAGCCUGGGGAAUCUGAGAGCUCCUUUUAGCCAACAGAUCCCUCUGAUGAGUCAGACGUGGGAUAGUUGGCACGUCCCAGGACAAAAAUGAAAGGGCACCUGCCCACCAGGAACUUCCCCAUUGCUCUCUGCUGUGAUGGCUGCAGGUGGCUUCAGAGUGUCUACUCUAUGCUUUCUAUGAUUCUUUGUAUAAUACUCAGAAGAUACUGUUUACGUCUGAGGUCAUUCUUGCUCUGGUAAAGGUUAAAAAAACUCAACUUCAUAGGUAUCUAUGCCUCUGGGCCCAAACAGCCCUCUAAUACCUAGAAUUAUAGAUCUUUAUUAUGCAGCUGUGGAUAAAUGAGAAACAGUCCGGUUCCAUAUACUCCUUACCCUUCAAUCAACUACUACACUCAAAGAUCUCUAAAUUUAGAACUGUAAAUGGGGGUUACAGAUAAUAUCUUGAUCCCCACAGGCCACAAUCGUAGAGCACUUGAAAAGGAGGAGCCAUCUCUAAUGUACCAGAAAUGGGACUUUUCUUAUCCAAAAAGGGAAAGCUGGGAAGGCCUCUGUAAACCUGUUAUGCCAACACUAUCUGGCUACAGGUUUGGAGAAUUAGAGCAUCUUACCUCCUCUAACUCUCCUGAGAGCUUGAUUAGCUGCAGAGGAUAUCCUUUAAUAUAUUUCUUUGAGACACUUAAGGCUUAGGAGUGGGUUUCUUCUUUUCCUCCUUCCUUAGUGGGCACACUGAGCUACAUUAUAAACAUUCAGAGUCCUCUUCUGCAGUAAAUGGACCCAAUUUAGAGGACUCCACAUACAGAGAAGUAAAUAUAAAUUCCAUGAAGCAAUUUUAAGAGGGUGAGAACAUUAAUUAUAGGAAUUGGGAAAGGUUGAAGGCAGGAGGUAGCACUUUGCUGUACUUGGAGGGAAUGUGGGCACUAAGAGAGGAAGUUAGGAGUAUAUUCUAGACAUAGGAACCCAUUUGUGCCAGGUCACAGGGGUUCAAGUUAGAAUGUCAUGUUUGGAAACAUUGAGCAGGUGAGUGUGGCUGAAACAGUGUAUGAGACUAACAUGGAACAAGAGAAUAAAGGUAUAUGAGAGCUCUAUCCUAGAUGGCUUUAAAUGCCAGGCAGAGGAUUUUGUAAUUUUAAUCUACAGUUAACAGCCACUGAGGACUUUUGAGUUGAUCUGUGACUUCCAUUCUACCUGUCUGUGCCAACAUACAGACUCAGCAAGUGAUAUUUAGAUCCGUCUAUAUCCAAAUCACCUACGUGUGUGUUUGGGAUUGUAAAGGUUUUUUUCUUCUUUCUGGAAUGUGGUAAGUCUAAGGGAGUAUGUGGUUUCUUCCAACUAUUUCUCUCUACUGAAUAUCUGGAAAAGCAGCCCUGGGUAAUUUAAAUAUCUAUGCCCACAAAUUGUGAGAAGUUGGGACUUCUUGCCAUGAUUUUGGAUCAAUGGAAGAUCAUUUAGACAAAUACCACUCAGGACUAGGCUAAUGAUUUGGAAAUGCCAAGGAGAGGAUUUUUAUUAAAAAAUGAAUGGGACUAGAGGAUCCCCCUUUUUUGGGCUGAGACUCAGGCUGACUGUUUAAAUUAACUAAGAACCAAACGAGAUCCAAGAUAUUCAACAGUUAACAAGAGAUUUACUUAGCAGCAGGUGAUAGACAUUGAGGACACCUCUGAUUAAUUCAGCUGAAGGCUCUCUUGCCUCCUCCAUCAUGAUCAUGAUCCACCAGCCAAGCUUCAGAGAUGACCAAUCCCUCAAAGACUGAUUGGCUGCUUUGUAGUAAACCGAGGAAGGGAAAUCAGCUCUCACCAUUGGCUUUUAGUUCCAUCAGCCUAUAAAGUCUUAAGGAAAAACUAGCCCAAAUCCAAUGCGGGGAAGAGAUUAAGAUAUUACUGUCAUCACAGUCUACCUUUUUUUUUUUUUAAACUCUUGCCUCUUAUCUUAGAAUCAUACUAAGGCAGAAGAGUGGUGACAUUUGUUUUAUGGAACCCCACAUUUGCCUUUGUCCCUUGGAAACUUGCCUUUGGGGAAGUACUAGACUAACCCUUGACAUAUUUGGAGGUCCAACCAAGAUUCAAAAUUGUUGUUGCUGUCAACCUUGAAAAACGCAGAACCACUAAAGUAGUUAUAAAGAACAAGUCUUUAAUUAGGACAAGGAAGACUAUACUCUAAUCUGGCUCUACACAGACUACACAGAGACAAAACCUGGGAUUCUGGGAACAAUGUGUCCUGGAAGAAGCACCUCAGAAGGAGAUUUUGCAAUGAGCUGCAGAACUUGGGGCCUUAUAUACCUUUUGGGGUAUGUAGGACCGGAAGGUUCAAUUAAUUGACUUUACAAUGGAGACAAGGGAAGAAGGAGUCCAGCCCAAGCUGGACUACCUGGGAGAGGCCAAAUGGGAGAAACUAAUAAGACAAAAGGGUAAAGAUUUGAUUAUAUCUACUAAUUCUAUCUAGGCUGAGAUUAUUGGGCACUUAAGGUUUAUUGUUCAGCCUAAAACAAGGGUCAAUCUGGGACUUCCCCAAAGGCAAGUUCCCAAGGGACAAAGGCAAAUUUGAGGAUUCCCUAAAACAAAGUUGUUCCUUCCCCCCUUUUGGUCAGUAAUUCCACCAUUGACCACAACAAAAGGACAAAGGGGUAUGUGCCUAAGAGAGUCUGACCCUCUGUUACUAAAGAUAGGAGACAAAGGGCAUAAGUAUUGUCAACUAGAAAAAACACAGAACUCUUAAAUAGUCAAAAUCACUCUAAUCAAGGGAAAAGGGGUUAGCGCUACUAAUGCGACAACAGAGCUGCUUCCCAAGACUGCACAGAGUCAAGACGCCCUGGGCACCAGCCCCUGGGAGUGCCACCGACUCAGGAUGGACUCAGAGGAACAAAAGAACUUGGGGAACCUAUAUACCCUUUGGGAAAUCCAGGGGCAGGGAAAGAUGAUUGACAUCACUAUGGCUACAAGGAAAAUGGGAGUGUUCAAACUACACUGACAAGAUACAAUCAAGCUAGGGAAAAGAAUCAUAGCUAGAAGCUAGGGUGCAAGAGAAGGGGCUGCUUACAAUAGAUAUUAAAGGAUGGUUCCUGCUCAGGUGUGGAUCUUCCUGGGAAAGGUUCUAAUACAAUAGGGGACUACCUAAAACAAAGGGGGUCCUUAGCAUAUGCUUAUCUCACCCAACCAGGAUUAUCAUUUCCCUUCAGGGUAGAUUUCCAUGGGAACAGGGAACAAGUACAAGCUUUGGGGUCUCCAAUCUACAAGCUAGUCCUGAAAAUUGGGGUUCAUCAGAUCUCACUAGGCAACAAGUUUGGGAUUCCUAGAUUCCAUGUUGACAGUAUUGUCAAGUGGAAUCUAGAAGUCCCCAAACUUGUAGCUUAGAGGGAUUGCCUAUGCAAUAGACUUUAAGAUGUCAAAUAAUUCUCCUUGUCUUCAGAAGCCUCUCCCAGUAUAUCACACCCUCCUUUGGAGGAUCAAAUUUGGGACCUUCAGCUUGCAAAACUGACCUGCUACCUACUGUACCAAAUCUUAGUCUAUUGUUAGUCUGAGAUCAGUGAAGCAAGACUUUCCCUCAGGGAGGAAUUCUCAGGUGACUAGGUCAAACCUGGGGUUUCUAUUUCCAAAUUAAACUGUGGAUCAAAUCCCUCUAAACUACAAGUUUGGGGACUUCUACAUUUCACAUUGUGAAGUGGGACACUUCACAAAUGAGUUCAAACACCUAGAAUUUCAAUUAUUGGAACCGCAAUUUAUUAAUAAAAGAACAAAUAAAGAAUCUACCAGCUGGGACAGUCCUCCCUAGUGGAAGACAGCAUGGAUCUAACAAUUGAAACAGUUGAUAUAGGGUUACAAGGUACAAGUUAUUUCUCUUCACAUACAGGUUCUUAUCUGACAAUAAAACAAACUUUAACAUAGGAAUGUGAAGUCUGAGUUGAGGAGACAAUCCUUAGAUUUACUGGGGUUAUCUAAGGAGUGUUUAUUUUCACAUGCAUUCAGUCACUUAGCCAAAUGUUAUUUUGAUUCCAUGCUGACCUUUUGCUAUUCCUGAAAUUCUUUGUCUCCUGCCCCUUUCUAAUUCCCAUCCCCCAAGCUAAGUAGAGACUAGUUUGUUGUCUGCAUAAACAGCUGAUUUCCUGGGGGAGGGAAGCCAGGUCUGUUCCCUAAAAAUGCUGGCAGGGGUCUAUCUGAUUUAUCUCCUUUUAAUUUUUCCAUCUUUGGCCUUUUUGGUGCUAUUUCAAUUGAUAGUAUGUACAAUUGGCAUCUGGGAGCACUCCCCAUCUGCAGUGAGGCAUUGACAGCCAGAAGAUAGGCACUCUGCCUUUGGCAAAAUCUUAAUAACUACCUCAUUCCCUAAAGUCUAUUAUGUCUUUCAAGUCCUGUAGGUCCAGAUGUAGGCUUCAGUGUCCUUUUAUAGAACUCUCCUUUGCAUAGAUAGGUUCUUGAAUGUAUAAUCAAAUUCUCCAAUAGGAAGUGAUCGACUGGAUAUAUGCUCAAAAUUACAUAUAGGACUAAAUUAUACUGUCACUCACAGCAGACAUUUAGUAAUUUUGGCCUGAUUGACAUGUUAUUAGGCCUUAAAAAUUACUUGACAUUGAAUAAUAUUAAAAGUAACCUGAUUAGCUAGCUUUUUAGCAACAUUAUUUCUAUUAAAAUUCAUUUAUACCAAGUACAAAUAUACAUAAGCUAUACUUGCUCAGAAAAAAACAAAA